UCGACUCAGGAUGGACCUCUCGCAGAUGGCCCAGCACCUCCCGCCGGGCAUGAAGAUGCCCUCGGAGGACCAUAUGAAGAAGGCGAUGGAGGACGUGACUCACAUGAGCGAGGCGCUCAAGCCGCUUCCAGAGGACCCGAACAGGACGAUCCCGGUCAACGAAGUGCUGCUCGCGCUGGCGACCGCGCCGUGCAUGUGCCGGAUCAUCCCUGCGGACGUGCCUUCCAAGAUCAGCGAGCUGGAGGAGGCGAUGCGUGCGGAGAAGGUUGACAUGGACUGGGUGGACAAAGCGAGCGGCGCCGCGCGCAACCACGCCAUCGCGAUGCUGUGGCAGAUCAACCGGCAGCGGGCGGCGCUGAAGGAGAAGGACGCGGAUCUGGACGGUCCGACCGCGCAGCACGCCUCGGUCGCGGUGCAGCUGGCGACCAAACUGCUCGUGCAGGCGCAGAUGUACCUGCCGCAGUACCGGUGGGUGCACGCCAUCCUCGCGGUCGCGCGCACCUCGGCGCUCAUCGCGAACCAGCUCUGGUCGCCCGACGAGCUCGAGGCGCAGGUGCUGAUGGCGAAGAUCCUCAAGAAUGAGGGCCUCCGCCGCCCAAAGCUGCGCCUCGAGGCGUUUUGCGAGCCCAAGGAGGUGAUGGCGGGAGCGCAGCUCCGUGUCAAGGUUGCGCUGCUGCGGCACCAUGCUGGCAUCGACGGCGACGAGCCGCCGCCGGCCAGCAGUCAAGACGGCAUCUACGAGGCGUAUUGGCUGUACGUCGAGGGGCUCAAGGACGAGCCAAAGACGCCGAACUCGUUGCUCUCGGCGCAGCCGAUGGUCGUCAAAGACCUGAACGCGCAGACGGUCGAGCCGUCGCAGGAGUGCGGCUUCACGGCGCCGGACAAGGCGGGGACGUACCGCCUCGCGGUGCACGUGCUCUCGACGUCGGUGACCGGGGUGGACCUCGCCUUCGAGUGCAGCUUCGACGUCGUCGAGGACGACGUGCCCGCGCUCGACGGCGACGACGACCCGCCGCCCCUCCGGUAGGUUGGGACGGCUAGGGUAACUCAGGAGAGGGCAAAACCCCGUGAGCGGCGGAGCCGGCUUGUGCGGCGGACCCCCCUUUCUUUCUGCUUUCAUCCCACCAAGGGACGGAACUUGGCCUGUCCGAGGGUUUCCGGCAACCCAGAGGGAAACCAGAGGGUCCCCAGCACUUUGCGUUUCCGGAAGUUUCCAGGGAAACCAGAGGGUGUUUGGUGCUCCAUUCUGUUUCUCUCGAGUUUCCCUCGGGAAACUCGCGAGUUUCCCUGAGUCUGAGAGCUGGUCUGGGGCAAAAUCUGGGGCAAAAUUGAGGAAAUCGGC